AUGACUAGCGAAUUAAACAGCACACUUAGUGCACCCAUGAAGCUGGAUGCCUUUGUGUUUAAUGGUGAAGUGUGUAGUGGAGGCCCUGAUGCUGAUGAAGCACGAGCCAAGAUUGCUCCCAUCACGCAGCCCAACUAUACAUUUCUCAGGCUUCAUGACUCACUCAUUCAGAGUGAUAUCCUGCCUCAUGUCGACAUUCAUAAUUCGUUCCAAAAUAGAUAUAACUCACGCCUUACCAACAUCGAUACCGGGGAAACUUACUCUCACCGCCAGGGAGUAUAUCUUCACUGGAUGUUACCACAUGUCUACCGAGCAGGAGUAGCAGCAACGGAAGAGCGCGAAAUCAAUCGCGGAGAAGAAGGGCUUCCCGACGUUGACGGGGGUCAGGAUAAGACAGCACCUCAGUAUCGUCCAGUCCCAAACAGAUGGUUGGUCAUUAGGCAUUUGCAAAAGAGUUUUCCGGACUACAAGUCUAGCGGUUUACCGGAAUAUGAGGCCUGGGUGAUCGAGAGCGACAAGCAGAGUAAUGUCGCGCGUAUGCCCAAGGAUAAGGACCUCCAAGUUGACGUGUCGCCAUUUAUAAGUGCACCUGUUGGGGAAGCGGUAAGAAUUGGGGAACAAGCUGAGAUAUUUAUCGGGUCGAAGACGCCAGUGGGUGAAUGGACGGAGCUUAAUGAAAAGCGGGCGCCGCUCACAGUGCUUCAUGGAGGAAACAUGCUCUUCCCAGACUUUCAGCAACACAACACCAACGUUUUCAGCAUGUUGGACAAUUUCAAGUAUGGGCCCAGGAAGAGUAGCAUGUAUCUUGAAAGCGCAACAGCCGACUACUAUGUAAUAGGAUGGCAUGCCCUAAUUGAUCAGGACCCAUUCUAUAUCGAAGACAAUAAAGCCACCAGGUCUCAACGUCUGAAGCGUUACAAUAUGUGUCUGAGCCAAAAUUCCAAUGAUGCGACAAAGUGGUCUGAAGAGUCUAACUCGGGCCAUACAAUUUGCCACGGUGCCAUGUAUAGCGUCAAAUGGGACGUCUGCAAGAGACCCAAAAAUAUCCCAGCUGACAAGCUAUCCAAGCAAUUGCAAGAUAUGAUGCCGGUAGCCAUUGGAACAACACCAUUGGACUCACUACUGGCAUACGUGAAAGCCCACCAGGAAGACGAGCAGGACGACCGCAUUAAGAACGUCAUGAAGGCAAUCGAAAACAUCCAGAAGCAUCUGCUUGUUCAGGAGGACACUGUUGACGGCCAGGAGCAGGCAGAAGACAUUCUCUAUAAUUUUAAUUUUGAUAACUUUCCGGGUGGUACAAGGUACCACAUUGCCAGUGCUCCUGACUAUAAAAAACCCACAGUAAAGCCAGAAGACACCAUUGUGGACAAACUUGCCUGCCUUAACCGGGAACAAGUUCGCCUAGACUCGCUCGAUCGCACUGAGCAGCGUCUUCAGUGGGAUCUCUUCUCUGUUUGGUGGUCAUUUGUCAGCAGUGGAAUACCGGCGGAGAGUGAUCAGAAAGAAGCCUUGACAGGCAAGAUUAAGAGCGAAGUGAAUAGCAUGAUGAAGGAUAAGGAUGCCAUUCACACAGCUCGCCAACAAUCUCGGGAUAGGAAGCAAUAUCUCUUGAAAGAUGAAGAAUUGAAAGGCCUUAUAGAUAAUAAAAUCAUUGCUCCCAGCGUCCAUCCAAAUUUCCAUACUCAGCAAGACCCAACUCUGCUGGUUGGGCACAUCCAGUCUGCAUGGCCUCAUGACUGGCUUGAUCCAUUAUUCGUUCGUGUCAACACCGACAUAAUUGCAUGGAAGAGCAGAGACAAAUUGGGUGAGGUUCGAAAUGGAGUGGGCAUUGAUAAACUCCCUAAGUCGAUACAGGAGACGGCUGCGGCGCUCACUGAAGAAUUCAUCGAGCUGACUGUUGAUCAAAUUCACCCGAAACCGGCGCCUCCUGGCACAUUAAAGCCACUCUACCAUGACACAGAUCCAAGAUAUUCUACCCGGCGCGAUGGAUGGGAUGAUACACAACCUUUUUUCCCCUUGUUUCUGGAGUGGGAGGCUGAGUAUGGCCAUAUUGACUACAUGGAAUGGUCUCUGGAAGAGCGGAAAUCUUGUGGGCAAGGUUCAACGAAGUUGAGUUAUGGAAUCAAAAGCAAAGACCCCCUAUAUGGCAAGGAUGAGUGGAACCCCAGUGUCACCCCGAAGCUGAAGCAGAACAUACGGAUCCUUUCUGGUCGUGUCCUGAUCCUGCCCCAAGCUUCACUGUCGUUAUACGCACAAGUCAAGCAGAUGAUCGACCAGACGCCUGAGGAAGAGCUCAAGAAGGCACUCGGGGACAUGGAUCCCGAAGUUCUUCUACAAGAUGUUGGCAAACUCGCUUUUCUGUCCUCUCCUCUCUCUGGCUUUCAUGAUCAUCUUUUGACAAUGAGCCAAGGAACGCAUAUAAAGCCAACUUUCCGACAACCUGGUGGUAAACUUGAAUAUAUCAAAGAGGCCACUAGUAAAGAAGCAGGCUUCCUUGAUGAUAGGGUCGUGUACAUGGGAACCGAGACGGAUCUCACACCAUACGCAGGUCUGGUGCCUGUAUCUACGGAGACAAAGGACAGCCCUUUCAAACCUGUAACGCACGGCCAGUUCAAGAUCACCAAGCUCAACGUUAUCGACAAGUUCGGGCAGGUCAUUCACGCCCUGGAUCCUCGUUGGGACGCAGCUCCUCAGAACCUCCGGCCCUGUCUGAGCGAGUUUUUUGGGCCGCAAAGCCUGGCUAACGGCACGCCAAACAUUGUAGAGAAGCCCCUGGAAAGACAGCAAGGAAGCCACUACGCCCAGAUACCACCUCAUAUUAACCAGCUGGCAAGAGUCAACUCGUCCUUUGUAAUUAUGGAUUCAAGUGGGGAGUGGAUUCCGCAAAACGAGUGGGACAAGCCCAUCUGGGGCUGGCUGGUUUACAACUACCUGGACCAGGCCAUCCAAUUCUUCCACGAAGACGGUACCUUCUACCGGGAGGUACGGGUGGCAGGGGACACCGGUGCCACAAAGUCGGAGAAAUGGCUUCCAUUCAAGAAUACAGAUGAUGUAUCCAAGGGAACUAACCAGCUCGAUUAUCUGAUUGACCGGAUGGCGAAGAGUCGGGACUAUCUCGCCGCAAUCUUGGAUAUGAUUGGGGGGGCAAUGGACUAUGCCGCCGCGGCGCCGGACUCAUAUGCCCAGUUCCUCAACAGCAUCAUCGGUCGUCCACUAGCCCUAGUGAAUAUGGGUUGGAGUCUGGAGUUGGGCACGAAUGAAUACGUGAGUCAAUCCGGGGUCCAUACGGUCAAGCCAGUGCGGAAACUGCUACAAGACCCUGGAAGUACCCGUGGAGAUCAGUACAGUUUCCCUCUAAAACUGGGUGACAAGAAUCGCUCCUACGAUGGGCUUGUGGGUUACUUCAAGACUCUGCCUCUUAAGCAACAGACGAAGGAAAGCUAUCUUAACCUCGAGAAUUGUUAUACCUUCUUUGGUAUUAAUCCAAAGGCUGACACAAAAACGCCCCUUAUCGAGAUCAAGCCAAACAAUUUUCCUUCUUUGGAGCCAUUCUACAUCGACCCAGUUAAAAAAGAUGCUAAAUUUAUGGAACGUGAGCGAAACAGAAUGCUUGCCAAUAACACAUUUGGAGCCAUCGUGGAUCCUUUCCGCCCCGUGCACGGGUACACAAGUAUUCUCCCUAUCCAAGCGCUGAAGAUUCCCGAGUGGACGUGGCAAGAGGCUUUGUCCCGCAUGACUGCCUUCUUCCAUUUCGGCCCUUUGUCUGUUACAAAGGACGUCCCCAGCUUCAACAAGCACUAUCUCCUAACAAAGGAGACCAGGAUUAAGGACCCAGAAGCUAUUAUACCGGACGCGAUCAGUCUGCCGAAGAUGGGAGCAGCGGACUGGACGUGGCUUCAGCCGUAUAGUGAAAUAUUGGAUGGGGACAGGGAGGAUAGUUGCUUCAUGCCGCUUGGGAUAGCAGGUGCAGGGACCAAGCCAAAGUUCGAGGAUGGCCCGUACACAUCAGUGGAAGGAUAUAUGCAGCUCCGCCAGUCAAUUGUUAGAGAGUAG